GCCUAACCCUCCUAGCUACUCCAUCUGCUACACGCUAGAGCUAUGGAAGCAGCAGAUGAGGAGAGGCCUCUGCUUCAUCUCCUACCCCAUCUUCAGGAUGGAAGUUCUGAAUAUGCCAGCGAUGGAUCAGUUGAUAUCAACAAACAGCCUGCUCUGAAGCGAAAUACAGGCAAUUGGAGGGCAUGCUACAUGAUUUUAGGUGUUGAGUUCUGCGAAUGUGUGGCCUUCUUUGCGAUUGCGAAGAACUUGGUAACGUACCUCACCACUGUGCUCCACGAAAGCAAAGUCACUGCCGCACGGAAUGUUUCUGCCUGGGUCGGUGCCAGCUUCCUCACGCCACUUAUUGGAGCCUUCUUGGCUGACACUUAUCUGGGAAGAUACUGGACGAUAGUUGUUUCCCUCCCAGUCUGCACCGUUGGAAUGCUGGUUCUCACAGUUUCAGCAUCAGUCCCAACAUCUUACUACCGUGCUGGUGUUCAUCAUAUCGUGGUCUACCUGGGACUCUAUCUUGCUGCAUUCGGGAGCGGCGGUAUCAAGCCCUGUGCACCAGCUUUUGGGGCCGACCAGUUUGAUAUUGGGGACCCAAUGGAACUAGCUAAGAAGGGUUCCUUCUUCAACUGGUACUACUUCUUGAUAAACCUCUGCUCGCUUCUGUCAAGCACCGUGCUUGUCUGGUUGCAGGACAAUGUUGGGUGGGGGGUCAGCUUUGCAAUCCCAACGGUGCUCAUGGUCUUGGGCCUCGCAGUAUUUGUUAGCGGCUCGAGGGUGUACAGGUUUAGGAAACUGGGAAAAAGCCCAUUUAUAAGUCUCUGUCAGGUGAUGGUUGCGGCUGCCCGGCAGUGGCGUGUGGAAUUGCCAGAUGAUAACUCGCUUUUGUAUGAGCUGACCAGAUCGUCACCAGAAGCUGAAUCAAGCCAUAAAAUUCAGCAUACAAAUCAAUUCAGAUUCCUUGACAAGGCUGCCAUUGUCCUGCCCCCAUCAGACAAAACAUGCACGGUGUUGCCGACGUGUUCAUGGAAGCUCUGCACUGUCACCCAAGUUGAGGAGCUGAAGAUACUGCUACGGAUGUUUCCCAUAUGGGCAUCUUUCGUGAUCUUCUAUGCAGUCUCUGGGCAGUUGACAUCAACGUUUAUCGAGCAGGGAAUGGUCAUGGACAAGCGUGUUGGCCCUUUUGCAAUCCCACCUGCUUCCCUCUCUAUCUUUGGAGUGUUCAGUGUCCUCAUCUGGGUGCCCAUCUACGAAACUGUGUUAGUGCCACUCGCACGGCGUUAUACUAGCAAUGAAAAAGGCUUCUCACAAACACAGCGCCUUGGAAUUGGCUUUGCAAUGUCAAUGCUGACCAUGGUCUACUCUGCAUUGCUCGAGAUGAAGAGGCUGGCGAUCGCACAAGCCAGCAGCCUGGAAGAUCAGAAUGUUCCUGUGCCAAUGAGCAUUCUGUGGCAAGCACCAUCAUAUGUACUGCAUGGUGCAAGUGAGGUUUUCGCCGGAAUUGGCAUGACGGAGUUCUUUUAUGAUCAGGCCCCAUAUUCCAUGAAGAGCCUCUGUGCAGCACUGGCGCAGCUUGCAAUUGCCUCUGGAUCUUACUUCAACACGCUCGUGUUUGGUGUUGUCGCAGUGGCCACGACACGUGGUGGGGCACCUGGGUGGAUCCCAGACAACCUGAACGAAGGGCAUUUGGACUACUUCUUCUGGAUGAUGGCUGCUCUUAGCAUACUGAAUCUGGCACAGUUUAUGCACUACUCCUUGCGGUAUAGAGAGAAGACAACUUCUUGA